AUGCCAGGAAUCACCAUAUUCCUCACCCACACAUUGAUGCCCACCAGCUUCUCAGGGCUGCUCUUGGCCUGCCUGCUGCUCACAGGCCUGGCACAUGGUGAGGCUGCUCCUGCUGCCGCUGCUGCCUCUUUUCGGAAGUCCUGUCCUGAAGGAUCCAAAGCAUUCGGCUCCUACUGCUAUGGCCUCUUUAGUAUGGCGCAGACCUGGGACGCUGCAGAGGUGAACUGCCAGAGUGAGACCUCGGGCCACCUGGUCUCCCUGAUGAAUGAGGCUGAAGCUUCCUUUGUGGCCUCCUUGGUGGCCGAGAGUGGGGGCAGCCGGAGCCCCAUCUGGAUUGGCCUCUAUGACGCUAACAAGAACCGGCGUUGGAAAUGGACCAGCAGCGCCCUGUUUACCUACCAAGCCUGGGCAACUAGUGCCCCGAGCAAUAGCAAUCCUGGAUACUGUGCAAUCUUGACACCAGAAACAGGAUUCAAAAAUUGGAAAGAUCAAUCAUGUUCAAACAAAAACUUCUACAUCUGCAAGUUCAAAUCCUAGAAAUUACAAGCCAG